AUGGCCCUGACGCACGGAGAAACUUCACUUUACGCACUUUCCAACAUGAGGUCCCCUCAGCUCUGCGUCCUUCUGCUCUGGACGUCAGCGGUGUUUGCUGCUGCAGAUCCUCUUUGUGAUCCAGAAACACAAUAUCUGCUCAAUGGAGAGUGUUGUCAAAUGUGCAAACCAGGUACAAGAAUGGAGUCCAACGGGGAGUGUGUGAAUCCUGUGUGUAGAGACUGUGAAGAGAACGAAUACACAGACAAAUACAACACAGAGAAAACGUGUCAACUGCAGCCGUACUGCGACCCCAAUCUGGGAUUCCUGUGGCCUGAGAGCCGCCCUAAAACAGAGCGGUUUGUGUGUUUGUGCCGAGCAGGUUCUCACUGUUCUAGCUCCUCGUGCACCAAGUGUCUCAAUCACACACAGUGUGAUCCUGGGUACGGAGCCACCACCAUAGGAGGACAAACUCAGGAUACAGUGUGUGAAGAAUGCCCUAAAGGAACAUUCUCUGAUGAAAAGUCCUGGAACGGCACCUGUAAGAAUAUGACAAAAUGUGCAUUUGGAUAUGGGCCACAAGGGGGAAGCAGUGAGGCUGACAAUGUUUGUGAGUUUAACCGGGGCCAUAUCGGUGUGAUCUGUGCUGUUCUUAUUCCAAUCCUCCUGGCAGUGGGAAUAUAUCUGAUCUGCAGAUGUAAAGGGAAAACUGGGCAUGAUCCACUGCCAAUGGUCACAGUUGUUUCCAAAGAAACAGUAGCAGUGGAGGAGGAGAAACUAAAUCCACUCAUCACACACCCCACUGAUGACCAGGCGGAGUCUCUUCCCUCACAUCCAGCCCAGGAGACCUCACUGCAGAGCAACAGCCUGCCCGAGGAGUCAGAUUACAGUUUCCCCACCAGAGUGCUCACGGAGAAUGGACAUAUUCUGUCCCAGGACGGAAAAGAACAUAUUUUAUCACAAACAGAGACACUAGAGAUAUCUGUCAGCUAG